CAUAACGGUUUUGAUGUUUUUGUUUUGCAAUACUUAUAUUCGUUUAAAUUAUAUUAAUUUCAGAUUAGGAUAUAAUAGAAAACAUGAGUAACGCCACCAAAAUGCAACUGGAUGAAUUAGAAAGGCUGAUGAGUAGAAUGCCAAGAGAGCUCUGCUGUACAACAUUACUACCGGAAUUCGGUGUACGUUGGCGUGACAUGGCUAAAGCAAUACGAAGUGCCCGUAUGUCAAUGACAUCAGCAAGUAUUGCAAGAAUUGUAUGCAGGAAGGUAGCUAAGAAUCUACCUGCGUUAACUGUUGAUGAGAUUAUAGCUAAAUUGAGGUUGCAGAUGGUGGCAAUACAGAGUCGCAUUUGGCAUGUGAUUAAUCUACAAGAACCUGUAGGUGAUUCAUGGGAACCAGAUGAAUUGCCCGAGAGGCUAGUUGACGCGCUGACGACUGCACGCGUCGGUAAGAAUAAGAGCCCAGAGGUCCAAACAGUCCAGAUAGGUGAUUUAGUGUUUGUAAGUGUACAACUCAAGUCUGAAGUUAGAUGUAGUGCUCCAUUGUACUUGGCUAUGCCUUUAGGGCUCCCCGUUGCAUUGGUUAGUUCGGUGAAAUCUAAUGGUGUACUGCAAGCUUGUGUAUUAGGUUUAGGAUAUAAAAAUUUUACUGACGCAAACUUGAACGGUAGACAUAUACCAUCCCUACUUCGUAUCCACGGCGGUUGGGAUGAAAACCUUGGGUACAUGACUGAAAUACCAAAAUACGAUCCCGUACCAAUUGUCACUAAAACCGGUAUAGAUUAUACCAAUAAAGCAUACGAUGAACAUUACGUUAAUACAAUAUUAGGACCGGAUCCACCUUUGUUGACAGAUUUACAUAUAACAACUGCUAAAAUGUUCUUCAAUAAUAUGGAUAAUAGAUUGAUAACUAUAAAAGCUCAUUUAUCAAGUCAAAAUAUAGCGAAAACUUUAAAAACUUUAGUAAUUAAAGGUGCAUUGAGACCUACUUCUGAAUUAUUGCAUGUUUUACAUACAGCUAAAUCGAAUAGGUUAGAAAAUUAUACGGAAAGCGAAUAAAUGGAUGACAAAUCGCUUGACAUAUCAGCUGGUCGAUCCAAGAUGGCGGAAAUCAAUAAGGCACAGAAUGAAACGGCUUAUAGCCAGUACAGUGAAUAUGCUUUCUCUGUUUUUUUCUAAGAGAAUGUAAGAGAUAGCAAUAUUAGAUGUUUCGAAUGAUGAUUCGCUCAACACUUACUGCCAACGAAUUUUGCGAGUUUAUAU